GGAAUGGUCUACGGCCUGUAGAGUUUAUGAGUAAGAAGAUCAAGGCUCAAAAGCUCCAGGACUCUACCUACGAGAAAGAGCUGUAUGCUCUUGUCUGUGCCCUGAAACACUGGAAGCACUUUCUCCUGGGCAGGCACUUCAAAAUCUUUUCAGAUCACUCCACCCUACAGUGGAUGAAGUCCCAGGGAGAGUUGAACGAUAAACUGGCACGGUACAUUCAGUUCAUAGACAUGUUUGACUUUGAACUGAAACACAAGAAGGGCUGCUACAACAAGGUAGCAGAUGCCCUCUCUCGUAGGCCUAACUCUUUUGCUCUGAUCUCCUCUACUCACUCCUUUGGAGUGGAGACCCGUCAGACCAUUGCUCGUCUACUGCCUCAGGACGAGACUUUUGGACCCAUUGUCAGGAAUCUGCAAGAAGAUCCUAACUCUGAACCAGGCUAUGCUCUGAGUUCAGACCUGCUGUACACCUACAGUAGAGGUGAGGAGCGCUUGUGCAUUCCCCAGGACCAGUGGCUCAGGACACUGCUGCUGUCAGAGUGUCAUGAUGCUCGUGGACACUUCGGGUUCCUGAAGUCUUACGCAGCCCUAUCGCAGCGCUUCUUCUGGAAGGAGAUACAGAGUGAGAUGUUGCGUUAUGUGGACACCUGUGAGCUCUGCCAAAGGAACAAGGUUCAGCGUAAACCUCCUUUGGGACUGCUCAAACCCUUACCCAUACCUGAUGGCCCUGCCCAAUCUGUGUCGAUAGACUUCACAGAUUUAGGCAAGACCACCCCGCGUGGCAUGCGUCAGGUUAUGGUCUGCGUGGACAGGUUCUCCAAAUACGCAGAGUUCAUCCCCUUGCCAGAGGUAGCUAGGGUACCGGCUGUGAGAGCAGCCUUCUCUGAGAGGUGGGUCACACACCAUGGACCACCCACCUCUAUCGACAGUGAUCGUGACCCCAGAUUCUGCAGUGAUGAGUGGCAGUCCUACUGCAAGGACUAUUUGCACUCACGUCUGGACAUGACUUCUGGUCAUCAUCCUGAAGCCAAUGGAUUGGCUGAGGUGAUGAACCAAGUCUUAUUCCAGCUGCUGCGUCCUGUCAUCUCUCCAGAUCAACAAGACUGGGAUCUUCACUUGGCGAGGGAAGUGAAGAGGGCACAGCUCAUGUAUAACAUGUCUGUCCACUCCUCGACAGGGUUCAGUCCCUACCGGUUGCACUGGGGACGUGAACCACGCCAGCCUCUCGAUGAUAUCAUCGACAAGGCUAAGCCUGAUCUGACGCCAGGCACCGCAGAGUUCGUCAGACGCUAUCGUCUGGAUGUGGAAAGAGCCCGUGCGAACUUGUUCAAGGCCCAAAAGACCAUGAUUGAACAAGCCAAUCGCCACAGGCGGCCUUCCCCCAUCCGUAUUGGUGAUCAUGUCUGGGUGGCCAGUUCUGAGCUGUCGAGGGAGGAGGAUAUUUCUCCCAAGAUGUUGCCACGUUACCUGGGUCCAUGGCAGGUCCUAGAUACAGUGGGCGCUGAUCCCUUCGGUCCGUCGUAUGUCAUCGACGUCCCGCUGCAUCUACGCACCUACCCGGUCUUCCAUGCAUCCAAGCUGCUGCCUUUCACACCAGCUGAUGCAUUCCCUGACCGGCCCCCUCAAUGGGGCCCACCAAUCCCCGGUAAGGGAUAUGAUGCGGUGGCCAUUGAGGAUGAGUGGGGCACAGACCCCGACCGGCAGUAUCUUGUUAGGUUCGCUUUCCAGCCCCCUUCUGAGAACCGGUGGUUCUAUAGAAGAGACCUGAUCAAGACAGCAAAGUCUGUUGUACUGCGCUAUGAGGCGGCUCGGAAGGGUGACCUUCGCUGUUCGCCUCGUCUGCACCCCUAGCUCGGAGGUCCUCGCCCCCGGGGAGGUCUGCUCCGGGCUCUUCUAUUUCGUGCAUAAUAAAUAUGAUCCAGUUCU